AUGGACUCGAUGGUCGGAGUUUUGCUAGAAUUGCUUUCUCGUUUCCCCGCAAGAGGCCGUAGGCGAGCACAUGUACCCGCCGGUCUGACGAAAUUACCGCCGUCCCAGAAGAACGCGAAACUUCACCUCGACUUCACCCCGAACUUUAAAUGUCCCCAUCGAAUUAUACCCCACUUUGAAAUUCCGUUUGCAAAGGUAUCCUGGGUGAGGCACAGAGAUAUUCACAUUUUAACGGCGGGGGCGUAUACCUACACGAGCGAUCAGCGAUUCCAAGCGCUUCACAGACAAAAUACAGGCCAAAAUAGCGAGUGGUCUGAAUGGACUCUUUGCAUAAAAUGGGCGCAGGAGAGAGACCAGGGACUCUACGAAUGUCAGAUCUCAACCAUCCCCGUCAAGUCGCAUCAAUUCCGCUUAAACGUCGUCAUACCGACAGCGACGAUACUCGGAGGUCCAGAUUUGUACGUUGGCGCGGGAAGCACGAUAAAUUUGACGUGCGCCAUACACUUCAGCUCGGAGCCACCAGCUUACAUCUUUUGGUACUACAACGACCAUGUUUUGAGCUACGACAGUCCCAGGGGCGGUGUCUCGGUGAUAACCGAAAAGGGUGGCGACGUCACCACGUCUUGGCUCCUUAUCCAGACGGCGCAACCCUCGGACUCCGGGGAGUACAGCUGCAAACCGAGCAACGCCAAUACGGCGUCCAUCAAAGUUCAUGUUCUAAAUGGUGAGUGUUUACAACGCGCGUAAUCUUACAACGCCGAUCAUCUCUCGAUCAUGGAUAUAACCUUCUCGCUUUGCGAAACGUAGAUGGAGUUCAAAAAAAAAGAAGAAAAGAAAAGAGAGAGAGGAAAAAUGGAAAUAAACACGCGUAAUAAGUGGGACAAAAUAUGAAAGCGUAUAACAUUCGCGUCCGCAAUAACGAAUUUUUCCCUCGAUCGAAUAUUUAUACCGAUUCUCCGUAAAAAAAAAAAAAAGAAAAAAAAA